AUGCCCCGAAAGCAGCCUGUGCGAGGAUCAUCGAGCUUCAACGAUGACCCCGGGAAUGCAACAAGAGACGAUGACCAGAAUUCAGACAGCGAAACGGACAACCAAGCUGAACCGAGCAUGACUUCGCUCUAUAACGAUGCGGUCAAUCUUCCCGCUCACCAGACAAAGCAUCUUGCUGAGCUGAUGUAUCGCUUUCCGUCGAUAGACACCUCCUUUCGCCUCGUGCAGCGCAACGACACCAACAGCACGGGCUCUUCGCUGUGGCUAUCGUCACAAGUGCUAUCGUCCUAUCUUAUCCAUACGUACGCAAAGACGUCACGGAAGGGGCCACCAGACGCGUCGAGAAAGUGGAUGCUGGAGUUGGGCUCAGGGACCGGCUUACUGUCUCUUCUCAUGGCUAGACUUGGAUGGGAGGUGGUUGCAACCGACAUUCCUCCCGUGCUCGACACAGUGCUCAAACCCAACAUCGACGCUGGUCUCUACCAGCCCAUCAACAUAGGCGCGGCAAAAGCAGACCAAGCGCAUGUCAACGAACUCGACUGGACUAUCCCACCCCAAAACUGGCGCUGGCACCCACACCUCGGCUAUCCAACCACAGCCCAACUGCCCGCUUCCCUGCCAGCCGCUGCAAUUCCUCGUCCACAGAGCUUCGACCUGAUCGUAACAGCAGACACCAUCUACGAGCCAUCGCUCGUACACCCGCUGCUGUUAACCAUCGCUCACCUCUACCAGCGUCAAGGCCAGCCCCGCCCAACAGUGUUACUCGCACUGGAACGUAGAGAUCCGUCUCACAUCACCGAAGCUCUGCGCACAGCACAUGAGCAGUACUCACUCCCGUUCAAGCAGAUCCCUUCCAAACGCAUCCGCAAGAUCUUUGACUCGCUCGGCGAUGGAGCCACGUGGUCUCGAGACGAUUGGGACGGCGUCGAGAUCUGGAAGCUCUAG